GCGGAGGCACCCGCCGGGAAGCGCAUUGGGGCUGGAGCGGUUCUCGGCCGACCAGGGGCUAUAGGGAGGGAGGUCCGCGGCUUCCCGCCUUAGGCUGGACCACAGAGCGAAACGGUUUGGUACGAAGCCGUUUGGCAGAUUAAAUGUCCUUCAGUAAGAAAUUUGAAGACCCUGCUAGGAAGGAGACCUUUCCAUACCUAAUAUUUCUUGCCAGAAAAGUGGCAUUCUUGACACCUAAUUUUUUUUGAUCUUGUUGAAGGACUUCUUAAUUCAGUUUCUGGGGGCGGGGGGAAGAGAUUUCCAACCCUCACUAACCAAAUAAAGUUUCUCAGGCUGGCAUUGCUUCCUUUCAGCUCGUGGCUGACCCCGAACUCUCUCAAGAGCAAUUAUAUUUUAUAUACCUCCAGUUUUUCAAAGCACUUUCACGUUGCAGUGUUUCAUUUUUUUAAACAUCUUUGUUGGAGUUUACUUGCUUUACAAUGUUGUGUUAGCUUCUGCUGUAUAACAAAGUGAAUCAGCUAUGUGCAUACGUAUAUCCCCAUACCCCUCCCUCUUGCGUCUCCCUCCCACCCUCCUUUUCCCUCUCCUCUAGGUGGUCGCAAAGCACAGAGCUGACCUUCGUGUGCUAUGCGGCUGCUUACCACUAGCUAGCUAUUUUACAUUUGGUAGUGUAUAUAUGACAAUGCUAUUCUCUCACUUCGUCCCAGCUUACCCUUAUCCCUCCCCGUGUCCUCAAGUCCAUUCUCUACAUCUGUGGCUUUAUUCCUGUCCUGUCCCUAGGUUCAUCAGAACCUUUUUCUUUUUCUUUUUAGAUUCCAUAUAUAUGUGUUAGCAUAAGGUAUUUGUUUUUCUCUUUCUGACUUACUUCACUCUGUAUGACAUACUCUAGGUCCAUCCACCUCACUACAGAUAACUCCAUUUCUUUUUAUGGCUGAGUAAUAUUCCAUUGUAUAUAUGUGCCACAUCUUUUUUAUCCAUUCAUCUGUCGAUGGACACUUAGGUUGCUUCCAUGUCCUGGCUAUUGUAAGUAGUGCUGCAAUGAACAUUGUGGUACAUAACUUUUUUUUUUUUUACAUCUUUAUUGGAGUAUAAUUGCUUUACAAUGGUGUGUUAGUUUCUGCUUUGUAACAAAGUGAAUCAGUUAUACAUAUACCCCCAUAUAUACUCUCUCCCCAUAUCCUCAAGUACAUUCUCUAGUAGGUCUGUGUCUUUGUUCCUGUCUUGCCCCUAGGUUCUUCAUGACUUUUUUUCUUUUUUUUUCUUAGAUUCCAUAUAUAUGUGUUAGCAUACGGUAUUUGUUUUUCUCUUUCUGACUUACUUCACUCUAUAUGACAGACUCUAGGUCUAUCCACCUCACUACAAAUAACUCAAUUUCAUUUCUUUUUAUGGCUGAGUAAUAUUCCAUUGUAUAUAUGUGCCACAUCUUCUUUAUCCAUUUAUCUGUUGAUGGACACUUAGGUUGAUUCCAUGUCCUGGCCAUUGUAAAUAGUGCUGCAAUGAACAUUGUGGUACGUGACUCUUUGAAUUAUGGUUUUCUCAGGGUAUGUAUAUGCCCAGUAGUGGGAUUGCAGGGUCAUAUGGUAGUGUUCUGUUUUUAGUUUUUUAAGGAACCUCCUUUUUAAGGAACCUCCUUAUACUGUUCUCCAUGGUGGCUCUAUCAAUUUACAUUCCCACCAAAAGUGCAAGAGGGUUCCCUUUUGUUCAUACCCUCUCCAGCAUUUAUUGUUUGUAGAUUUUUUGAUGAUGGCCAUUCUGACCAGUGUGAGGUGAUACCUCAUUGUAGUUUUGAUUUGCAUUUCUCUAAUGAUUAAUGAUGUUGAGCAUCUUUUCAUGUGUAACAGCAGCUGGUGGUGUAGGUAUUGGCAGUAGCAGUUUAAAUGAGAAACAGCUUAAAAGGAGUUGAAGGCUGGAGUGGAACCCAUUUCUGGCAGUUUCUAAAGGCCUGCACGUUGAAAUACCCCUUUGGAUUUUUUUUGGCUGCGCCACGCGGUGUAUGAGAUCUUAGUUCCCCGACCAAGGAUCCAACCCGUGCCCCUUGCAGUGGAAGUGUGGAGUCUUAACCACUGGACCGCCAGGAAAGCCCUCCCGACCUCCUUUGGAUUUCUUCCCAAAUUUAGGGAGUGGGUGAAGAUAGGCCUUGUGAAAACAGAUACACUUUUUUUUUUUUUUUUAACACCUAAAUCUGCAUAACUCACUCCUCAGGUCAGAAAUCCUUCAUUGUACUCCUGGGUAAAAUCCACCAGGGCAGGCAUUUUAAUCAUGCCUAGCAUAUUUUAGGCGCCAAUAUUUUUGUUGAGUGUAUUGAAUGAUUAGGUUCAGACCUUCAGUUCCUUCACCUUUGAUAUUUUUACCUCUUCAGCCUCCUUUCCUACCUCCCCAGGAGGGGCACCCUUUGCUCUAGCAAACAAAGUCUUGCGAUUUUGCAGUUUAGCAAUCGCUAACUUUGUAUACUUACUUUGUACUAGGUAGUUUUCAUCGAAUCUUCCUAACCUUUCUAUGAAGAUAGUAUUUUGCAGUUGAGGAAACUGAAGCACAGACAGGUUAAAUAACUUGAGUGAGGUCACACAGCUAGUAAAUUAUAGAUCUCAAGUUUGAACUCAGGCAGGCUCGUUCCGGAGUCCUGGGCUAUGUUACCUUGCCUCCCUAAAUACCAUGCUCUCAUCAUUCAGUGCCUCCCCAAAGGCUUUGUAAGUUGCCUACCUUCCUAACUGCAGGAUUCAGCUCUAACUCAAACCUCUUCUAGGAUGUCAUCCUAGAACACCACUGUUCCUCCUUCGCAUUACCAGGUUAUGCCUGUGCUUAAAAUCCUCCAGUUAUCUUCUCACUGCACUUAAAUAAAAGCAAAGCUUCCCGUGGCCUACAAGACCUCACAAGUCUGGCCUCUGCCUUGCCUCUGACCUGUGCUUGUACUGCGCAGCCCUGCCUCCAGCCUUCAGGCCCACACUGCCAGGGCUCUCUGUGCUCAGUGAGAGGUUUUUCAGUUCCUGCUUCAGGGCCUUUGCCUGAAUCAUUCUCUCCCCAUCUCGAGCAGACCCCUUGUGGUCACUGCCCACUCCCAUUUCUCUCACAUUACCCUGUUGUAUUGUGCUUGUUGCAACCAAAAAUAUCCACUUGCUUACUUGUUGCUUGUCUCUCCCCAGUAGGAGAUAAAUAUAUGUGUAUGUAGUUCAUAUUCCAAGAGAGUUACAUCCUCAGCCUAUAAUAGGCACUAAGCCACUCAGGCCCUGGAUAAACUCUUGUUGAGUAAGUGAAGGUAUGAAGAAUGCCUAUCACAUGGUAUUGCAAUUUUAUAUCCCGACGCUCCCCCCACCAUAGGAUGCAAACUGGAGAGAGGGAACUGUUGUUUUUGUAAUGGAUGCCAGUGCCAAGCGCUCAGUAAUUGCUGUAUAAAUAUUCUUUUUUAAAAAACAAAUUUAUUUUUGGCCGCAUUGGGUCUUCAUUGCUGCGCGCGGGCUUUCUCUAGUUGCGGCAAGUGGGGGCUACUCUUUGUUGCAGUGCUCGGGCUUCUCAUUGCGGUGACUUCUCGUUGCGGAGCACGGGCUCUAGGCUUGUGGGCUUCAGUAGUUGCAGCACGCAGGCUCAGUAGUUGUGGUGCACAGGCUUAGUUGCUCCACAGCAUGUGGGAUCUUCCUGGACCAGGGCUCGAACCCGUGUCCCCUGCCCUGGCAGGCGGAUUCUUAACCACUGCGCCACCAGGGAAGCCCUGUAUAAAUAUUCUGACUUCCAGCAUGAGUUAUUUAUGGCAUACAAAAAAAUUCUUUUCAGGUCCUGCAUCUUCAAUAUGGAAUGUAUGUUUGGCCCUGUGCUGUGGUCCUGGCCCAGUACCUGUGGUUUCACAGAGGAUCUCUGCCAGGAAAGGCUGUCUUAGAGAUUGGAGCUGGAGUGAGCCUUCCAGGAAUUAUGGCUGCAAAAUGCGGUGCUGAAGUAAUACUGUCAGACAGUUCAGAGCUGCCUCACUGUCUAGAGAUCUGUCGGCAAAGCUGCCAAAUGAAUAACCUGCCUCAGGUGCAUGUUGUGGGACUCACAUGGGGUCACGUAUCUCAGGAUCUUCUGGCUCUACCACCGCAAGACAUUAUUCUUGCAUCCGAUGUGUUCUUUGAACCAGAAGACUUUGAAGACAUUUUAACUACAGUUUACUUUUUGAUGCAGAAGAACCCCAAGGUCCAAAUGUGGUCUACUUACCAGGUAAGAAGUGCUGACUGGUCACUUGAAGCUUUGCUCUACAAGUGGGACAUGAAAUGUGUCCACAUUCCUCUGGAGUCUUUUGGUGCAGACAAAGAAGAUAUAGCAGAAUCUGCCCUUCCAGGAAGACAUACUGUUGAAAUGCUGGUCAUUUCCUUUGCAAAGGACAGUCUCUGAAUUAUACCUAAAAGCUGUUUUGGGACAAUGUCAAUACUGAUUAGCAACCUGGCAAGCCAACUGUGUGACUCAGACCACUUCAGCUUGAGUACAGUGGAUCUGAAGAUGGUCAGAUUGGUUGACUUUAGAUUGUGAUGGGUCACAUAACCAUUACAACAAAAAUUAAAACU